AUGGCAAUUGAGGGGGGCAAUACCCACUAUGACUCGAGUUUCUGUGCGCAUCAUACCCACAAGCACCAAACGCAGGCCAAUCGACCAGUGGCCCACGGACACGACCUUGGGAUGAUGGGCGUCUUGCUCCAUGUCAUCGGGGAUGCCAUUAAUAACAUCGGCGUUAUGGCAGCCGCUUUGGUUAUUUGGCUGACACAUUACGAAGGACGAUAUUAUGCGGACCCGGGAACCAGCAUGGGCAUUGCAAUCAUGAUCAUUUUAUCCUCGAUUCCAUUAGUCCGCCGAUCAGGUCAUAUCUUGUUGGAAAGUGCCCCAGACGGGGUUGAUCCCGCGGAUGUCAAGCACGAUUUAGAAACGAUUCCCGGGGUGCUGUCCGUUCAUGAACUUCACAUCUGGCGCCUCAACCAGCAGAAGACUCUUGCAUCCGUUCAUGUCGUCGUGUCCGAUCCUUCCGUAUCUCAGUUUUUGAAGCUCACGAAGAUUAUCAACGAAUGUUUUCACGCGUAUGGGAUUCACUCGGCAACCUUGCAGCCGGAAACCGCACCGCCGGGAGAAGUCAUCAUGGUCGGACAGGAAGCGGAGAAAAUGGAGACGGUGGCAAUAGAGACAAAGAUGCCCGAGAAAUGUCAGAUUGUCUGUGGAGAGCUGUGUACGGUGUUGACAUGCUGUGGGUAG